UGUAUAAUUAUAUUUAAAUAAAAUAAAUAAUAAGUUUAUAUUAAUUAUAACGAAUUGUGUUUCAUUAAUCAUAUUUCUAGAAAAUGAGUUUUUUUGGAUUUGGUCAAUCAGCUGAUAUAGACAUUGUAUUAGAUGGAGCUGAAACAAGAAAACAAGCCGAAGUUAAGACAGAAGAUGGUAAAAAGGAAAAAUUAUUGUUAUACUACGAUGGAGAAACUGUUUCGGGAAAGGUGAACAUAACUUUGCGUAAACCUGGUUCAAAAUUAGAACAUCAUGGUGUUAAAAUUGAAUUUGUUGGACAAAUUGAAUUGUUUUAUGAUCGUGGUAAUCAUCAUGAGUUUACAAAUUUAGUGAAAGAGUUAGCACGACCAGGCGAUAUGAAUCAACAUACAACAUACGCAUUUGAGUUCUCAUGUGUGGAAAAACCAUUUGAAGUAUAUACUGGUGCUAAUGUUAGAUUAAGAUAUUUUCUACGUGUAACAAUCGUCCGUCGUCUAUCUGAUAUUGUUAGGGAGUUAGACAUUGCUGUUCAUACAUUAUCCUCCUAUCCAGAUAUGAAUAAUCCCAUCAAAAUGGAAGUGGGCAUAGAAGAUUGUUUACAUAUUGAAUUUGAAUAUAAUAAAUGUAAAUAUCAUUUAAAAGAUGUGAUUGUAGGUAAAAUAUAUUUCUUAUUAGUACGUAUUAAAAUCAAACAUAUGGAAAUUGCAAUUAUCAAACGUGAAACCACUGGGUCCGGUCCAAAUACAUUCGUCGAAAAUGACACAAUUGCAAAAUACGAGAUUAUGGAUGGUGCCCCUGUACGGGGAGAAUCAAUACCAAUACGUGUAUUCUUAGCUGGCUAUGAUUUAACACCAACAAUGCGAGAUAUUAAUAAAAAAUUCUCUGUGCGUUACUAUUUGAAUUUGGUAUUAAUGGAUACCGAAGAUCGUCGAUAUUUUAAACAACAAGAGAUCACGUUAUGGCGUAAAGGUGAAAAAAGUAUGACAUCGAGUAUUACAAACAAUACAAGACAACAGCAACAAUCACAACAAAUAAAUAAUAGUAAUAAUAGUAAUAAUAAACAAUUAAUUAUGAAUAAUGAUUCAACUCCUGGUAUGCCAUCACAUUUGGUUGGUGCUGAUCAACAAUUCCAUCAUACAAAUACAACAAGUGAACAACCCUAUGAUAUUAAUAUACAAAAACAACAACAACAAUUAAGAAAUCAACAACAACAGCAGCAACAGCAACAACAACAACAACAACAGCAGCAGCAGCAACAGCAACAAAUUAUACAAACAACUGCUAGUGAAGAGAAUAAUGUUGAUGAUGAUCAAGAUGGUUUAAAAACAAAUCCAAUUGAACGAAUGCAACGUGAAUUAGGUGAUGGACAGCAGAUAACUGAUAAUCAAGAUAUUUUAUCAUCAAAUCCACAUAAUAAUUUGUUAGGUGAUAAUGAUGAUGACGAUUUUAAUGAUGUUGAUAAUAAAUAAUAAUAAUAACUAUUAUCUUCUUUAUGAUAUGAUUGAUGAGAUGAAUGAGAUAUACAUCUGCUAGCGUCAAUAUUUAAAUUCGAAUAUUAUCUCAAAUAAAUAACAAAAUAUGUAAUGAGUAAAUGUAAUGUUCGUAAAGAUGUUACAGGCCUAGGAAAAUUAUGAAGUCAAUCUCAAUUCAUUUAGAAAGUGCAGUUUUGAGGGAAUGUUAGUAAUAAUAUUCUCAGUGCUACAAAUAAGAGUAACAAGAAUCAAUAACAAAUAAUAAAUACUGAUACAGGAAACCACAAACGGCUAAAAUCUGUUAUUAUCAGGGAUUAUAAUUGACCGGAAAUUAUUAUGAAAAUCAGGUAUAUAUAGGAAGUACCAAAAUAUCUUGGAAAUUAAUUGUUUUUAAUUCAAAUUACAGACGAUCUUUAUUUAAAUUUUUCGAUUUCGAUCUUUUUUUAGAAUUUUAUCGGCACGCUUAAGAUGUUAUCAAUUUCCAAAAAACAUGAAAGAGAUGCUCUUUCUUUUGAAAUAUCCGAAAAUGGAAACUAUGUAUUAAGAAAAAGUUGAUUUAAACUAGAUAAUGUUCGACCAAAAAUUUUUUUCAAAACGUUAAAUACUUCCACAUUUUCCUUUCAAUUCUAAAAAAAAUAA